AUGCAGCCUCCGCUCGAACAAAGUGGUGUACCGGCGCGUCCUGCAGUAGCGGACGUCCCUCAUAACCAACACGGCCGGUAUUACAAUGAAGCCCCAGCUUCAGCUCCUGCUCCAGCGUAUGCUCGUCCUGGCGUGCACCAGGACGCUGGUAUCCUCCCUGCUCUCACGUCCGCCCUAAUCAGUCUACAUGACAACACACUCGGAAAGCUGGAGAAAAUUGAGGCCUCAAUUAAUGCACUGUCGAUAAACAUCGCGCAAGUGCGUGAGCAGGCGCAUGGCGAUUCGCUUACGCUGGCCGAGUGGCUCGAGCGCUCGCACAUGCGCCAAGCCAAGGCUACGCAGGUUCUCAGCGACAGAGUGGUCGCUAUUGAAGGAAUUAUCGGCACAGUGCCAUCUCUUCAUCAAGAUGCUACUUUAACUGGGCGUCUGCAGCGCAUCGAUUGUGUCCUCCAUGAGCUACUGGAGUGUUCGAACGAUCCGGGGGCUGCGAGGAUCAAUACAUUUCACACGGAUGUUAGUGUCAAUACCGAUUUCGUCAUUGACACACAGAAGUUCGUGGACAUGGGAGUCGACCCAGCGUUUUCACUGCCAGAACUAGUGAACACAGGCACCUACCCUUGCCCUCCAGAAACCAUCGACGCUGGAGUGGAUUCUCCGAAUGUACAGCUUUCCGAUGCCUCUGUCGGCACCGAACUUCCAGGAACCGUCGACGCUGGAGUGGAUGCUCUGACUGUACAGCUUUCUGAUGCCUCUGUUGGCACCGAACCUCUAGGAACCGUCGACGCUGGAGUAGGUGCUCCGACUGUACAGCUUUCUGAUGUCUCUGUUGGCACCGAACCUCUAAACUGCAUUGAUGUCGGAAUAGACGUGCAUACACUCACUUACGUUGAUGCUGCGGUUGAUCUGCCAACAUCUCAGUAUGCAGAUGCUGCUGUGGUCACUGACAGCGUCGAUCCUAUUACUGAUGACCAUGUUCACCUCUUACGGCGUGUAGACUCAUAUGGUGCGUCGGUUCCUACCUUUGGUCUAGCAGCGGUGUUGCAGCCUCGCUUCCCCAUAUCUCCAUAUAGGUCGGAUCCUUUGACCCCGGCUCAAUGGUCACCACAAAGCAAUGAUACUGACAGUUCAGAAAAUCUCACACCUGCCUCUCACAAUUCAAAUAUGUCGCUGGAGGAAAUCGCAGAAUGUAGUGCACUUUGUGCCACACCUUCCGGGUCGCUCUCCAGAAAUACUUCACAUGGUCCUCACGAUCUUAAGAGAUCGGAGGGUUUGCUUAACGUACUAGGAUUGCAAUCAUCGCCGGAUGUCAGUGAAUCUCGGUCUGACGAUGUCGCGGUGCAGAUGUCACCUCCGAAUGCAUUGAGAGAUGUCUCCGUGACCGGUAUAUCCGCACAAGCCACUACUUUGGCGGCUAACGUCAGCAGUGUUUCUAUAUCCCCGAUCGCUUCAUCUCCAACUGUCAUGAAUCCUUCAACAUCUACCGCAACAUCAGUGAGGAAUUCAACAUCUCCAAAACCACCUAUGAAGAAAUCGUCUGGUUGUUUCAUACAGAUACCUUUACCACGGAAUCUCCGUACCACGGUCGUCCGUGUACCCUCUGUCUCGACUUCGCCUCCAUUAUCUCCACCACAUGUGUCUUCGCAGCUGAAAAACUCAUUGUCUAGCCUUUCAUUGCUUUCGUCUUCGGCCUCGCCGCCACCACCACCCUUGCCUCGUAGAGUCCGUGGGCUAGGUGCGUCGCAAUCUCGAGCCCCAGUCCGAUCCGAAUCGCCUGGGUUUGAGAUCAUUGAGGCCCCCACGAGUGUCACUGGCAAUAGUUUUCACAUAGAUAAUGGCAAAGGAAAGGUGCGCAGUAAAAUUAGACCGCGAGAUGAGGGCCAGGACCUCGAUAAGUCGCGCAAGAGACGUAAGACGGAUGAAUUUGCGCUUCAAUCUGCUUCCCAGCGAACAAAAACUCCCAGUCGCCCGCGGAAAACGCUCGAUGAAACAGAAGUACGCAAGACGCUUGCACCGCUUGCUAGCACGUCAAAAAUGGCAAGCACUUCAGCAGCCAAAUCCCCUACAGGAGAAAUUCUAUGUGACUGGCCAGCAAAGGUGAAUGGCGAUGUUGUCUUUCAGCGUGAGUUUGUGCAAUGCGACAACUGCGAUGGAUGGUAUCAUUUUGGCUGCGUUGGCUUCACAGUUGGUGAUCCACGCCUUGAAUCCGAUUCAGAGUACUUCUGCCCUCCGUGUCAAGUGGCACAAGCCCAGCGCGGACGUCGACACGCGCAUAAUACUUCGGCUGCAACUUGUGCACGCCCGGACUGUAAUAUCGUUUCCGACCCCUCGCAGGUAGAUGAAUAUUUCGUGGACAGGAUCAUCGGUCGGAUGCCGCAGAAGCUCGGUGAGUGGACUCCUGUACCGAGCUUUGUAUGGCUCGUAAAAUGGUUUGGGUAUCCUGUCACCGAUGCGUCCUGGACAAUGCCGGAAAAUCUGGGCGAUGGCACUCGCUAUAUUGCUGAUUUUGAAGAUGCAGCUGAGAUUGAGGGACACGACCUCAACGACCCGCAUGAGGUUGUUUUAUUGAACGAAGCUGCCGCUGCUGGAUGGCUCUAG